AUGAACUACGCCACAGGUACGAUAGUUAAAAGUGGCAAGCUCGUUCCGACACUUAUUCUGUCCGUCGUCUGGUUGCGAAGGCCCGUGGCAUUCCCUGAGUGGAUAGCUGCAGGGCUUCUCGUGCUGUCAUCCACUCUGAUGGCCUUGGGCGAGCAUCUGGUGGAUGUAAAUUUCCAGCCCUUGGGUCUGGCGAUUGCGUUUAUCCAGCUGGUAGCUGCUUCGAUGCAGGGGAAUGUGCAAGAGCGUGUUCUGAAAGAUUACGAUGCGACAGUCAGCGAAGCCAUGCUGUUUGGGAACAGUUUAGGCGCAGUGCUGGUGCUGGUAGCGAUGGCUGCCAACGGGGAAAUGGCACCAGCUGCAUCAUUUUUUCUAGACUCUCGGUUUGCAUUCUUGCUGCUUCUGGCGAGGUCCGUGACGUUCCUGCUCGGCGCAAUCGCCCUCAGCGUGCUGACCAAGGAGUACGGUACUGGAGCUGCCACGGCGGUCGGUACCCUCCGGAAGUCGCUGACGCUGCUCUUCUCCUUCGCCCUGUUUCCGAAGCCCUACCACUUGAUCUGA